CUUGAUUAGAUCUCGAUCCGGGCUUGCAGUUUGCAUUAGCAGAUACAUUUCAUCAGAUAUUCAAGGGGAAGUGCUCACCGGAUGGCCGUCCGAAUUUUUCUUUACUCAUAGAAAUCCCAGAUUGCAGAAUCUCUGACCGGCAACUAAACGACCCAUCUUCCCAAGUCUCCAAGACCCAUCUCAGAUACGUAGUAAUGAGUUGAUCGCAGAAUAUUGUCGACCGGCUACUUGGCUGAUAGCAGCAGAAGCAAUAUCAUGCGCAGGUGACUUUCAUGCUGCCACUGUAACACAGCAGCUGCCGGUCCAAAGCGGCUUCCACCGGCUAUUGUACUGCCUGCAUUCCUUUAUCCUUCAGUGUUACAAAUGAUAAUCUCUACCAUCGACCCCAACCGUAUCCUUAGUUAUACUUAACCUCAUCAACAUCUUCACGUCUAUCCUUGGUUACCGAGCGACAUACUCUCUUACUGCAACCACAACCAUGAAAGCAGCAACCCCUCGCCCCUCAGUGCGGGUGUUAUCCAGCGUUUCGCCAUCCGCUCAUCGAUCAACCAGAUUCGUCAGUCGAACAAGCAACGCCAAAUCAUCUCUCACAGCCGAUACCACAAACAGCCUGUGGCAUCAGCCUUCUCCCAAGAAACCAACAGCCUCGCCUCUCGCCAAGCUACCUCUUUCCUCCGUCCUCCGCUCGCUGCUAAUCCUCUCCGUCUCUUCUUCAUCGAUACUUCUGAAGCCAUGCAUCUACACACUUUCCGCGCUCGCGCAUCCUAAGACGCCUCUGCUCGAUGUGGCGAAGAACCCUCUGCUGAACCUCCUUGUCAAGCACUCUCUCUACAAGCAGUUCAACGCUGGCGAAAACAAGCUAGAGGUCCAGCGCUCAAUCAACGCGAUCAAAGAGCUCGGAUACCGGGGUGUUCUCCUUGGCUAUGCGCGUGAGGUUCUAGUGGGAGAAAGUAACACUGAUCCCGCCGAUGAAAAGGCAAGCCGACAGGAAAUCCAGAUGUGGCUAGAUGGAACGCUCCAGACUGUGGACAUGGCUCAGGAAGGCGACUUUGUGGCUCUCAAAUUCACCGGUAUGGGCGUCCAAGCACUUCACUACCUCCAGCGACAGGCCGCUCCAUCGCCGUUCAUGGACCAGGCCAUCCAACAAGUCUGCGAUCUCGCCGUUUCCCGCAACGUGCGAUUGCUGGUUGAUGCAGAGGAACAGGCCGUGCAGCCAGGAAUCGAAGAGUGGACGAUGAAGUACCAGAAAUACUGCAACUCGCGCACUCCUGGGCGUGCUGUCUUCUACAACACCUACCAGGCAUACCUGUGCUCCACCCCAGCCACACUCGCCAGGCAUCUCGAGAUCUCCCGCCGCGAGGGUUACACCCUCGGCGUCAAGCUUGUGCGCGGAGCAUACCUAAAGACCGAGCCUCGUCACCUCAUCUGGUCGAAGAAGGAAGAGACUGACCAGUGCUAUGAUGGUGUCGUCGAGGCCCUCCUAACCCGUCGAUACAACUCAAUGCUCAAGUCCGCCUCGCCUGAACACGCGACCGAACUUCCUCCCGUCAACGUCAUCAUCGCCACGCACAACCGUGAGUCUGUUCGCAAGGCGCACGCUCUCCGUCUCCAGCAGGCUGCUCGGGGCGAAGGCUCGGACGUGGAACUCAGCUACGCUCAGCUCCAGGGGAUGGCGGACGAGAUCAGCUGCGAGUUGCUCGAGGGAUUCCAGAGCGCAGAGGCUGAAGAGGGCAAGAAGGUCGCGCCUUCUGAGUCGCCAAACGUUUACAAGCUCCUCACCUGGGGAUCUGUUAAGGAGUGCAUGGGAUUCUUGCUUCGACGCGCUGUCGAGAACACAGAAGCUGUUGGACGCACAAAGCAGUCGCAAGAAGCCAUGUUCGGCGAGCUCAAGCGACGUGCCCGUUGCGCCUUUGGGCUCGGCAAAUAGAGUCAAGACUCUUUGUUAAGUUCUUUUCUUUUUGUCUGUUGGCCUCACGAAUCAUGGUUUGAGCGUUGUUUGGUUUACUAGCGCUUGCAUAUAGAUGUUAGCAUUACACCUUUAAGAGAGUAAUGUAUAGAAACGUUUCAAUGACUUUUUAUAUCCAGA